AGCAGCUUCAGAUCGCGGACGCAGCGGAUGUGAGAUCUCACGUCGUGCUUUCACACCUUGUUUCGAGGCAACAACAAAAGACUAACAGAGGACUCUGUCGCUCACGGGUUUUUGUUUUUUAAAAAAAACUUUUGAACAAGAAGUUUACUUUUUCUCUUCAUCUUUAGUUUUGAUUCCCUCGGGGUUGGCAACGGUUUGGUUUUUGGAGUGAAGAUGGGAGCGCAAUUGUCUAAGGGUGGAGCUGAAGGGGCUGAGAGCGCAGCCGCUAAAACCAACGGCCAGGAGAACGGCCACGUCAAAACCAACGGAGACGUGUCGGCCAAGCCAGAAGGAGAGGUGGCGGUGGCUGAUGGCAACGGAACCGCGGAGGCUGUCAAAUUAGAGGCCGGGGACGCCAUUGAGGCCGCAGAGGGUGAAGGAACCAGCGACAAAGCAGCAGAGGACGAGGCACCCAAGGAGGUCAAAAAGAAGAAGAAGUUCUCCUUGAAGAACUCGUUCAAGUUUAAAGGCUUCUCACUGAAAAAGAACAAGGGCACAGAGGAGGCGGCACCAGCGCCAGAGGAGAACGGCCAGGCCCCAAAGGAAACCAAAGAGGAUGAGCCGGCUGCUGAGACCAAGGAGGCAGCUGCUGAGGCAGAGGCGGAGGUGGAGGUAGAGGCAGCACCUGCUCCAGAGGCUGCUGAGGAGGAGCCUAAAGCAGAAGAGCCCACCCCUGUGGUGGAAGCCGCACCCACAGAGGAGAGCACCAAAUCCGAAGAAGCUCCUGCUUCCACCCCCGCUGAGCCCGAGGCCUCGUCUGCUGAGCCCGAGGCCACACCCGCUGAGCCCACACCAGCCUCGGAGUAACCUACUGCGACAGGACUGAUUUUUUUUCCUCCCUCAUUCCUUUCUUUUUAUUUUUUAUUAUUUUCUUUUUUUUUUCUUUUUUUUUUUUAAAAAAGAUUGAAAUAUAUAAAAUAUAUAUAUGAGACUUGAGCCACAUCAAUGAAGUUCCAUUAAAAAUACAGCCGUGUCACUACAGAGAAAAAAAAAGGUCAAUGAUAAAGAUAUGGAAAAAGAAAAAAGCAUCACGGGUUCUCUCGAUCGGUCGCUCCUUCUCCACUGUGGACGUACGAACCGGGACCGCGGAGGGGAACCGCAUCCUCCAAACAGAUCGGAAUACUUUCCAGUAGAAGAGAGCGUGCCCUUCCUAUCAGUCUCACAGCCCACGUUUUUCCCGUCUCAGAUGCCAGUGGCAGGCGAGCAAAUCGACGGAUCGUCGCUGACGGUUAAAGGACAAUGUGAAACCUUUUGAAAUAGUGUGUAUUUGUUUUUAGAAGAUCUACAUUCCUCCAUUGUUUUUUUAACCCCUGAAAACACAUGCGAGUAUUUAGUGCAGAGACUUUGGAGCUUUGAGGGGUGGUUUAGGCUUAGGCUGAUUUCUGAUGAGCUUUUCAAAAGCGUGUCGUCGUCUCUCCCUAAGGAGUCUGACAUAGGGGUGUACAAAACCACUGCUUUUAUCAGCUUCCUUUUUAUUUGUUCAUCUGUAUAUAAUUUUUUUGUCUCUUUUUUUUUUUGCUAACAUUUAAACAUUAAUGGUUUUAUUGUAAGAUCAAGGGCAAAUAAAUGUCAACUCUCCUCAUUCUGUUCUUUUGCAUCUUUUUUCUUUGGUUCUUUCAUUUUUCUUUUUUUUUUAAUUUGCAUUUAAUUUUUAUCUUGUUUAGUGCUGGCUUGUUUUGCAGCCUAGAGUGUUUUUAGACUGAUGAACUAGAUCUACACGAUUGUCAUGUCGUUACUGACGCUUACACUAUACACGUGUAACACUCAUGUAUUUUAAAUCAGUGUUCAUAUCAUUCUACGGGACGUAGCUACAAGUAGCAGAGCGAUUUGAUUGUAUUCAUUAUAUUGAACUUUUACUUCUCACCAGCAGCGUUACAGUAAACAUGGUGUACAAUAA